AUGAGUUUGGAAAUUUUGUUACAUAACGUAAAGUGCGAGAAUAUUAAGGGUGUAUUAGAAAACUUUUUCACACAAUAUGUUCCCUUAAGUUUUGAAAUAAUAAAACUGAAAAAAACAAAGAAAUAUAAUGAAGCGUUAAAGAUAAUAAAAGAAAAAGAACAUAUAUUAAUUAAUGAAUGUUUUUAUGUUUUAUCAAAUAUUAUUUUAGCUAUAUUAAAGGGAAAAUUAAAAAUAGAACAUAUAGAUAGAAAGAAUAUCCACCAUUUAAUUUAUAUAUGGUUUAUUCCUUUGUCCCUUAAUGAUAAAAGUAAAGGUUUAUGUAAUUUAAUGAGAAAAUUCCAUAGUAUGUUGAUAGAAAAUGGAAAUAUAUAUAAUAAUAUAAAUUAUAAUAAUUAUAAUAAUAAUGAUGAUAUUUUAACUUUUCGUGGUAUAUAUUUCAGUGAAUGGAUUAUACUUACUUUGAAUAAAAUUUUCAAUUCCCUUAUUUCAGAAGAAGAAAAAAUUCCCAUUGAAAACUGGACCUUUAUCAUUGAUCUUAUGAAAAUGGUAUAUGUUGAUAAAAAUAUAAUACUUGAAUAUGUACAAAAACAAAAUGAUUAUGUAUUCUUUCCAUAUGAUAUGGAAAACACACAUUAUAAAAUAAAAAAAUAUAACUAUGAAGAAAAGAACAUGAAUGUAGACCAUAGUAUGGGGUAUAUAAAUCUGAAUCAAAGUAUAUCUAGAUAUGAAGAAAAGAAAAAUGAAGAAGAUAUAUCUCAUUUUGAAUGUACUAACACAUUACUAUUUACAAACAUAUUAAAGGAUUAUUAUAAGAAUCCUCAUAAGGUAACCAAAACGUACUUUUCCUUUCCUCAUGUGUUUUUUAAUUGUAUAAUAAAGGGACUAAACGAUGAAGAUGUAAAGAGAAAAUUAUAUGUUUAUAAUCAUAUUAUUCCUAAAGAAUUAAAUGAGGAUGGAUUUUAUAAAAAUAUUAUUACUACAUGUGUAUUCAUCUUUUUUCAUAUAAAAGAAUUUAAUGAUAUUAUAGAAUAUGAAAAAGUUAUAUAUUUAUUGAAGAAAAUAAUAAAUUUAAACUUAACAGAUACCUUUUCAUCUGUUCUUUUUUAUUUUAUCUUAAAUGCUGAUAUGGACAAGGAAAAAACGACUGAUGAAUAUCAUAAAGUUAUAAAUAAUUGUAACAUAACAGAAGAUGAAAAUAAAAAAAUAUGUUCAUCAAAAAAAAGUACAUAUAUAUCUAAUCUUUAUACGAAAGGGGAAUUCAUAGAGGUAUCAAAUAAGGAAAUAAAUUAUUUAUUAAAUACAAAUUAUAUUAUUGAAAAUAUUUUUUAUUAUCUUCAUUUGUAUAAUGGUGAAAAGGAGUGUAAAAUUCUUUUAACAAGUUUAUUAAAUUACAUACGUCCUUUUAUAAAAUUAAUCGAAGAUAAUAAAAAUGAAAAUCUUAAUAAUAUGAGUAAUAAGUUGUUAUAUAUAUGUAUAUAUAAUGAGAAGAUAUAUGUUCUUUUGAAUAUUUUGAUAAAUAUUGUAUUUUUGUAUAACUGGAAUUAUUUUUUCAUAGAACAAUUUUUUAAUCCUACUUCAAAAUAUUGUUUCGGAUUAUGUUAUGGAAUAUGUAUACUUGACAUAAUAAAUCAUAUAAUAUAUCGCAAUUCACUUACCGUUUUUUCACUUUUUAAAAACUUUGAAAUGAAGAAAAAGAAAAUUUUAAUGUAUAUUUCGAGAAUGAAGGUUGAGGAUGGGGGGGGAAAAAAAAAAAAAAAAAAAAGUUACCUAGAGCUAAUCAACGAAUUGGGUGAAAAAAGUAAUAUGAAAGGAGAAUUUGAAAAAAAAAUGGAAAAAGAAUCGAGCCCGUCAAAAAAAAAAAAUUAUCCUUUUGAAGAUAAUGAAAAUAUAUUUGAUGAAAAUGAGGUUGAAUUGAUUUUAAUACAAUUUUUACAAGAUAUAUUUAUUUAUAUAUUAGAUAAUUUUAAUUAUAGUUUGGAGAACAUGGGUGAAGAUACUUUCUUUUCGAUUGUUUUAAGUAAAUUAUUGCAUACAUUUAGUGUACGUUUGAAGGAUAUAAAUAAAGUGAUUAUUUCCAAUUAUUAUAAUUUUGAAAUUUUAUCAAAAGCGGAAUUGUAUUUAUAUAAAAUUAAUAUAUAUAAUACUCAAAGAUUUGAUAGUAUAACCAAAAUGAUUCAAUAUUUAUUUCAUUGUAAUAAUGAGGUAUCAUUAUAUUGUGGACAAAUAAUAGCUGAAUAUUUCAAGAAAUACAUGACUAGCCAAAUGCUUAAAGAAAGAAGAGAAAAAAAAAAAGAAAAAAAAAAAAAAAAAAAAAAAAAAAAAAAAAAUGAAUAUGAUAAACAUAAUAUUAAUGCUACAAAUUUAGAUAACAAAGAUAAUAAUUAUAAUAAUGAUAUCCAAUGUAGUAGUAGUGAUACUUCUGAUGAUGAGAAAGUCCUUUUCCCUAACUUACAAAAAGAUUUAGACUGUAUACCAAAAGAUGUUUUAUGUUUUAAGACUAUUGAACAGGGUGAUAUAUUAUUUUUGGAGAAUUUUAUUUUAAGUAAGGAGGAUAUAGAUCCGUUUGAAAAGGAUGAAUAUUCGAUGAAGCGGAUGGAUGAUAUUUUCCAAUUUAAUGAUAAUAUGAUAAAUAAUGAUAAAUGUUUAAAUAAAAAAGAAGAAAUGUCCCAAAAUUUUUUGGAUGGUUCUGAAUGUUCAUCGGAUAUAAUACAUGAUACUAGUUAUGAUGCUGGUAAUGAUAUAAAUAUAAUUUAUGAAGAUGAAGUCAAAAAUAAACAUAACAAAAAAAAUAAUAAUAAUAAUAAUAAUAAUAAUAAUGAUAAUGAUAGAUUUGUAAAUACUUUGCAAUGUGAUGUUUAUAGGAAUGGAGUUGUAUUACCUAACAAUGAUAUGAUAAAACAUGCUGAUAAUAUAAUAGACAAUGAUAUGUACAAUUUGGAGGAAAAGGAAUUUCUAGUAAAAUUACUACAAGAAAAUGAAUAUUAUUUAAAUAUGGAAGUAAAUAAGAAUAUGUAUAUAGAUCCUUCAGAAGAUUUAUUUGAAUGUUUGAAUAGGUUAAAUAAUAAAGCAAAUUAUAUAGAAAGAAACAAUAUAGAAGAUAAUAAUCACGAUAUAUUAAGAUUAAAUGAGAAAAAUGAAAAUUAUGAAGAAGCAAAUUUUCGAUUGUGCCAAACUAUUAUAAUAUUACCAAAAAUAAUUAAGGAGUGCGAUAUAUUAACUUAUAUAAGUGUUGAUAUGUAUAAAGUGUUGUUUUCAAUAAAUAAUAUUACAUGUAAUAAUAAAAAUGAAGAUUAUAUUAUGACAUAUAAGCUAUUUGCUAUAGUUUUAUUGUGUAUACAUAGUCCUAUAGAAAUAUGUAAAUAUAUGUUUAACAAUAUAUAUAAUAAUAUUUACGAUAACAUUCAAAAAAUGUUAAUGAUAUUGUGCUUUCAACUGACGGCUUUAUAUUUAAGCAGUAGGAUCAAAUUAGAUGAAAUAUAUAGCUAUAUAAAAAAUAUAAAUAAAACGAUGAACAUUUCAGAAAGGUUAAUAAAAGGUAAUAAAAUGAUGGAUAGUAAAACAAAUAAUAAGAUAGAUUUAUUAGACAGAUAUUGGAAAAAUAUGUGUAAAGAAAUAAAUCAUUUUGAUGAAGAAGAAAAUAUACAGAUACAGAAGGAUGAAGUAGAAGAAGAAAUAGCGGACGUAGAUGUAGAAAAAAGAAUUCAUGUAUGUUCAAUAGAAAAUUUUAAUAAAUCAUGUUGUUUAGUUAAUAAAAAGAAGAUACAUAAGUUUAUAGAUUUAUGUAAUAUAUAUUUUAGCGGAGUAUAUACCACGUUAUUUAGUUUUAAAAUAAAAAAAGAAAUGUCUAAAAUAGAUUAUGAUGAAUAUAGGAUUAGAAAAUAUUAUUCUGAAGAUUUUACUUUAACCACAUAUUUACUAUCAUCAUAUAAUACGUUUUUAAAUUGUUGUAAUAACGUAUAUUUAUAUCUGGAGGAUAUAAUACAAGAUGGUUUUUCACUUGUCCAUGUUUUUAUUCAAAGUGAUAAAUUUAUGAUAAGAAGAGCAUGUUGUAAAUUAUUAUAUGAUAUGAUAAAUAUAAUUUUUUGUAAAAAAAUGUUUUAUAUUUUGAAAAAUCGAAAUUAUGAAAUUUAUGCGUAUUAUGAAAAUGUCAUGAAUUAUAUAUCAAAUAUUAUAAAGCAGGAAAGGGAUUCCCUAUCCUAUGAGUAUAUGAAGCAGAUAUUAAGCAUCUACCAGACAAUAAAAAUUUAA